CACUACGCUGACAAACAACAAAAGACUGGCAACAAGAGUUGAGCUCUGAAAAUCUUCGUAGAAAGUCGCAAAACAACAAAAAAUUAAAUGUGUGGCAAUAGUUUAAUUUAAUUCGAUUUAAAACAUAAAAAAACACAAUUCAAUUUGUAAAAAUUACGUCGUAAGACGUCCGGGCAUCCGCCGAAAGCAUUACUAACAGCUGAAGACUGAUUUGGGUUCGAGCGAACCACUGGGAUUGUGCGUGACGAUUGUUGCUGUAAAUAAAAAGUGACAAAUGGCCGGGUCUGCGCUGCGAAGGCUUAUGGCGGAAUACAAACAAUUGACCCUGGACCCACCGGAAGGAAUAGUGGCUGGCCCUGUAAGUGAAGACAACUUUUUCGAGUGGGAAGCGCUGAUAGCCGGUCCCGAGGGUACUUGCUUUGAAGGUGGCGUAUUUCCAGCGCGUCUUUUAUUUCCGCCAGACUAUCCGCUGAGCCCACCGAAAAUGAAAUUCACCUGUGACAUGUUCCACCCCAACAUUUUUGCCGAUGGUCGAGUUUGCAUAUCAAUAUUACAUGCGCCUGGUGAUGAUCCCAUGGGUUACGAGUUGUCUGCCGAACGGUGGAGCCCAGUGCAAAGCGUGGAAAAAAUUCUACUAAGUGUUGUUUCGAUGUUGGCAGAGCCAAACGCGGAAUCGGGUGCAAACGUAGAUGCAGCUAUUAUGUGGCGUGAACGACGCGAAGAGUUCAACGAAAUUGCCAAACGUUUAGUGCGUAAAACACUCGGUAUACCAUCAUAAAACAGCCAAUAGAAUGACUGCAAUCAAAGCGAUGACGACAUUAAGGACACUGCAACACUACUUCCACAAUAUGAUUUUAAUUCGAACAUCACGACAUAAUGCAAGGAAAUAAUGUUAAUUGCAGUUGCCCGACAUCUCCACACACACACACAACACGCGACUAAAAUCAGUUAACACCAAACGAAAUUUUAGAAAUGGCGUUUGAAAACAGCGACAAAAAGCAUCUAUUUGUUUGAAGCUCCUGAAAUAUUUAUAUAUAUAUACUUAUAUAGUUCUCGCAUCUUGAUUUUUAUAUACAGUUUUCUAUACACUUUCCAACACUAAACUUACACAAAUCCUAAAAUUUUCAAACUAACUUUUACGCACCUUAACUGUACUGUAUUUUUAACUCAGUUGCAUUUUGCAAACGCUCGAGAACUGCUACUAUUUUAUAUGCUACAUACAGUUAUGUACAUAAAAACAAUAGUAAAAAAAAAACAAAUAAGUAUAUAACGAAAUAGAAAAUUUGAAUUAUAUAAAGUAAAAUAUAUAAUUGUUUAGAUUUAACGCAUUAAAACAGUAAGAAAAAUAAAACUUAACGAAAUUAUAGGUAAAUAUGCUCUUUAAUUCAAAUAUUUGCUUUAUGACGCCGAUAGUAUGAUCAACAUUUGUAUAAUAUACUAUACUUAUUCUAAUAGGCUGUACUGUAGAUAAAAAUAUAAAACUUUCAAUUACAAUUAUGCCUACAAUCACUUUUUAGAAAAAUAAAUUUUAACUGCUUUUCGAAAUUAUUUGCAAUAAUUGUUGAAACUCAGCCCAAACACACAGUUUUUUAUGUAUUAAAAAAAAAGUUAUAAAUGUAUAAAGAGAAUUAUUUUUGAGUACCUUAUUUUUAAAUUGAUAUAAGAUAAAUAAAGUCAAGCACAGACAUUCAAUUGCUAUGUUAGUGCGUAAAAAUAUAUAAGCAAAGUAUAUAUUUAAU